UUACAGUCAAGCCAUAACUGCGAUCAUUUUUGCGUUGGUAUAGUUAGUGAAAGAAGCCUUAUUUUUGUAUGAUCGCACUGCACCCGUUAACUGUGACAGCUCCACAGCCAGGAUACCUGUGUACAGAUUUGUCUCCACGCAGAAUUUGAAAGUAAGAUGGAGAAGGACUCCACCGGCUCUGCAGAAAAGACUGAGCCGGGUUCGGUAUUAAGGGAAAAUAUUCACGAAGACAACUGCACAGCUGAUUCCUUCGGUUCCCAGGCAGAUAACUGUGGUACGACUGAUGUCGCCCGAGCCAGGUGGACUCUACUGAGACAGGUGUUGCGUCAGAAGCAGACGGACAGUCCAGAGGUCAAACAGGUGUCUGUUCGCCGGUUUUCCACGUUUGACCUUUUCAGCAGGAAAAGGCUUGUGGCACACAGUGAUACCUCAGAUGACCAGUGGGUGGAGUACAGAAGUGUCUUCUCUCCUGAGUACAGUGCCUUACUCAGGGAUAACCUGGGGCCUCUUAGAGUUAAUGAAGUGCUCAACAGUUUUGACAACACUGGCAAUGUCUUAGACGGGGGGAGGAAGGAGAACAGGAUGGAUGUAGGCGACUGAGCUGUGGAGAUGGAGAUGUCUAGUGAUAAUUGCAUGACUCUAGAUUAUCACGU